UAUACGCGGAGAAAAUACAAUAGACGCGGUAAAAAUGUACAACAGGAUUUGAGUUAAUACAAUAGCAAUAUUUAACUGUUUUGUACAAUCAUUGUUGUAAAUAUCUGGUAAUUAAUUUUAAUUAUGGACUCUGAGUAUCCUGAUCCGGACGAAGAAUUUGAUUUAGAACACGAAGCCGACUACGAACUCUUGAGAGAACUUGAAGAACACGAAAGGAAAAAAUCAGAGAAACACCAGGAGAUUCAAAAUUUGCAUGAAAAACCAAAAGAGAAACAUGAAUUGAAGUCUCCAGCAUCUAAUCUACAUAAGGAGUUAAACACUCCCAUACACAAUGUGUAUAAAGAACUAAAUACUCCUAUAUCUAAUGUACAUAAAGAAUUAAAUGCUCCCACGUGUAGUAAAGAUGAUGAUUUCAGUAUUCCCAGUACUAGUAAAGACAAUGGUCACAUUGAUAAUUCUCAAGUAGAUGGCACAAAAAAAAGGAAUUACGAUGAACUGUUCGGUGAUAUUUCAGACAUAGUAGAUUUAAAUGACUUUGUUGAUACCUAUGAACGUAAAGAAAAGAAACCACGAUGGGAUCAUCCCCAAGAUGUGAUUAAAGCAGUAUUAGAUGCUAGAGAAAAAUUUCGGGAUCACAGUGCAGGAUCUGUUAAUAGAAAACAUUUUGAAGAGAAGAAGAACACAAUAUCUUUACGAGUUCCUCGUUGGAAUUUUGUGGCUGUGACCAGGCCACAUGAUGCACAGCGUAUAUACAUUAGAAUGAAAAAUGAUACAGAGCCCAGAGUGAAAAGUAAUGCAAACACAUUAUUCAGUCUAUUGUCAGUACCAUACAGUCAAUUGAAGGCUGAAGCUGAAGCAAUUAUGGUACAAAAUGCUAAACGUGCUAGCUGUGAAAACUUGGAUUCUUCUACCAGACACUUCAUCCCGAAUGAUGAGCUGUGGGUUGAUAAGUACAGACCAAGAUCUUACAUAGAAUUACUUUCAGAUGAAAGUGUAAAUAGACAUUUAUUGCAUUGGCUAAAACUGUGGGAUAAAGUAGUAUUUAACCGAAAUUAUAUUCAAAACAAAAAGAAAGCUCAAUAUUCCAUGUUUAAAAAUCGGAGGUUUAUGAAAAAUGUUGAAAAAGAUUUUGAAGAAGUAGAUAGUAAAGGAUUUCCAACUCAGAGGAUAGUAUUAUUAACUGGACCACCUGGAUUAGGAAAGACUACACUAGCUCACUUAGCAGCUAAACAUGCUGGUUACAAUGUGGUGGAGGUCAAUGCUAGCGAUGAAAGAAGUCCCGAUGCUUUUAGGCAAGUCCUUCUUGCAUCAACACAAAUGAAGGCUGUAAUGGGAAACGACCCACGACCGAAUUGUCUAGUUUUAGAUGAAAUCGAUGGAGCGCCGGUAGCUUCAAUCGAGCUUUUACUAAAAUUUGUGCAGGGCAAACUAGUCCAGAAAGGUAAAAAAGAUAAAGAAAAAAGCAAUAAACGGUCCACUACUUGUCAACGUCCUGUAAUAUGCAUUUGUAAUGAACCAUAUACUCCUUCAUUAAGGGCUCUCAGAACAACUGCGCUUAUUAUAUCAGUACCAGCAGUGAGUCCCAUGAGACUAGCAGACAGAUUAAUGGAAAUAUCACGAAAAGAACAUCUAAAAGUCAAUCCGGAUGCUCUAUUGAAAUUAGCAGAAAUAUCCGGUUGCGAUGUCAGAUCAUGUUUAGGAGCAUUGCAAUAUAUGGGUGGUGCUAAAUUAGGAGACAAUAUGACGUUUGCAUUAAAAGACAGUCGGAAAGGAUUAUUCGACUCGUGGAGGCAAAUAUUAACAAUACCUAUGAACAAGAACGGAAUACUUCCUACUUCCGAGAGAGUUCGUCUUGUAUUGAAAACUGUUCAAAAUGAGGAGUCAGAGAAAUUGGCACAGGGCAUAUUUCACAACUAUCCGGAAAUUCAUACCGAAAAGUUGGUCUACAUAGCACUGUGCUUACAGUGGUUUCAGUUCUUUGACGAAGUAUUGUCCCUAAUCGCAACCCGUCAAGUCUGGUCUGUUAUGCCCUAUACAAACUAUGCAUUUGUUACGUGGCAUUUAUAUUUUGCCAAAACAAAUAACGUUAAGUUAUCAUAUCCCACUGUGCCAUACGAAAUGAAUCAAAAGCAAGCAAGAAGUAUGGGAGUUCUAACAACUAUUCAUAAAAGUAGCGGUCGUGAUAGUACAGUGUUAGCGGUCGAUAUUGCUCCUUUUCUACCAGAUCUACUGUCUCCACAAUUGCGAACAGUUUCUGGACAUUUACAUUCGGCCAAAGAAAGGGAUGACUUGGUUCGGUUGGUGAAUGUCUUGGUCGAGUUCGGUUUAACAUUCACGCAAGAAAAAUGUCUAGACGGGACUUACGACUACAAGCUAGAUCCAAACAUAUUUGAAAUUGGUAUUUUCCCCGAUUGUAAACAGCGCCGAACCCUUGCGUACACAGUAAAACAAAUAAUAGUUCAGGAGUUGGAAGCUGAACGGUUGCGACGUGUUUUAAAACCAAUACAAAGUAAUAAAAGUUCUACAGAAAAGGAAGAUGAUAAUAUCGUAAAGAAUAACGGUAUGACAAGGCCAACAGAAUCAGAAACCAAUGCAAACAAACAAAACUCAAAACCUAAAUUACCUAAUCCUACCAAACAAUCUAAACAAAUUGGAAUGGAAACGAAAGAGAUGGUAUAUAAGGAUUUCUUUGGAAGAGUAAUCACGUUAACACAAGAUAAACAACAGAAAUCGCAUAAAGAAUUCAACAGUUCGCGCGAUUUAUUGACGAAACAUGGCGUAUGGUACAAAUAUAAAGAAGGGUUUAGCAAUGCAGUUCGUCGGAACAUAAUUAUGGAAGAACUCCUUUGAAUUGUGA